CAGCAUAUCAAAAACCACUGCAAAUUAAAGUUGAAAAAUUAUUAUACAGCUUAACUUUUAUUAAUCCUAAAAUACUUGGACCAAAUUCAGAAUUUGUAACUUCAAGCAUAAUUAAAGUGGCAAAAGAAUCGAACUUCUUCAAAGAACUAGUCGAAACUCAAUUUGAUCCAAUAGCACUGUUAAAAAUAAGUUCUACUCUAACUCUAAUCAACAUCAUGACAGGAAAAGAUAAAAGUAACAAUCAACAAGGCGGAUCAAGAUCACCUAAAUAA